AUGAAAACUUUAUGUUGGAACUGCAAUGGGCUUGGCAACCCAUUGACAGUUAAAGCUCUCCGAGAUUGGUGUUGGAGAGAUAGGCCGAAUGCUGUUUUCGUGAUGGAAACAAAGAUUGAUGCUCAACGUCUUGAAUUGAUCCGUAAUAGUUGUGGUUUUGCGACUGGUCUUUGCCUUAGUAGUAAUAGAAGAUCGGGAGGAUUGGGUUUAUGGUGGAGAGAUCUGAAUGUGGAAGUUGUGUCUUAUUCGGCUCAUCAUAUAGAGGCAAAUGUGUGUGAUGCUAGUGGAGUACCAAGCUGGAAGAUGGUGGGAGUGUAUGGGUGGCCCGAAGCAACACAAAAAUAUCGUACGUGGGACCUUAUGCGCAACAUUCAUGCGGGAUGUUCUAUCCCGAUGCUCUAUUUCGGUGACUUUAAUGAGAUCUUGGGGGUACACGAGAAAAGUGGUGGGGUGACUCGAGGGGAGAGGCAAAUGGAUGGGUUUCGAAAUGCACUAGAGGAUUGUGGGCUCCGUGAUCUUGUUUACAAAGGUAGCAUCUACACUUGGGAAAGGGGGAUAUCGAUAGAUACAUUGGUGAGGGAAAGACUUGACAGGUACGCUGCUUCGAACGGGUGGUGCUCUAUGUUCCCGUAUGCCGAGGUAAUUAAUUUCCCUAUUUGCCAAUCUGAUCAUGCUGCUAUAUUAUUGAAGUUUGGGGAGAAGGAUGAGUGUGAUAGGAAGGGUAAAAUAUUCCGGUUUGAAGCUCUCUGGUUGUCUAACGAUGAGUGUAGCAAGGUGGUUUCUGAUGCUUGGCAGGGUGGAUUGAGUGAGCCGAUGCACACAACGAUUGCGAGGGUGGCUGAGGACCUCUCAAAUUAG